AAAACAAUCUAGAAGGGAGUUUGGAGUAGCACUGGGCAGGGAAAGAAGGUAGGUAAGAGACUAGCAAAGAUAAACCUUCAUUUUGCCUAAUGUCAAAAAGAAGAUCUAUGAAAGGCCUCAGGUUUUUAUUUUAGUCCACAAUUUCAGUUCCAGUUAAAAAUGAUUCAGCAGGUAGUUUCAUAUUUGGGGUUUAAAAUUUUUCAUUUCACUUCAAAUGAACACAGGAGAAUUAUAAACUCAAGUUUAGAAUACUGAAUAUCUUAGGUAAAUAGCAUACAGAAGGCUUCAACUGCUUUGGGUGAUGUUUUUUCUCUUGAAUGAGGGUUGGGUUCACAGAAGUUGAUUAUAGUAUUCUUGACACUUUCAUAAUCUGAAAUAUUUCAUAACUAAAACAGUUUAGUAGAAAUAUAUUCAGAUUCCAUGUUAAGCAUAGUAGUUUAGUUCCAUUUCUUAACUCGUUUAAGCCGUUAAUAAUCAACUAAUCAUUAUGGAAGUGGCUCAGCCUGUACACUGAAGUUCUAUAUAAUUCUAAGUUUAGCAGAUAGGCCAAGUUUAUCACUAUGUUCACUCUAACUGUAUAAUUAUAUUGAUAAAAAUAAGUUCUCAAUUAUAAGAACUAUAGUAAACUGCAUUAACACUGUACAAUGAACUCUUCUUAUGACAGGAAUUUUAUAGUAUUUAAAUCUCUGAUUUUCCAAAUAAUGUAUUUAAAAAUUUCUAUUGACAACACUUUUUGGAAAACAUUCAGAUUCUGAAAAAAAAAAAAAAACCAAAAAGAAAAACUUGAGCAUAUUAUCAAGAAGAUAAGCAUGCAUUAUUCAUGUUACAAUUUCUUAAAUGGGAACAGAAAAGCCGGAUGAUUUAACUGGCAUUUCUGAGAAAAUACCAGUAUACCACAUACUACAUAAAAACCUUAUACAGUGAUUCUGCUUUGAAACAUAGGUCCCUCCUAUGAAUUAUCAAAUCCUAUGUUUCUGUUACGGCACUUAACAUAUGGGAGUAACAAAAAAAUUUACCCUUUCCCUCCCCUGCCGAAAAUAUACAUACCCCACACACUUGAAAACUGAGACCGUUUGGAUCUGGCAAUUUCUCAAAACAUUGAACAGAUUUACCAUAUGAUCCAGUAGUUCCAAUUCUGGAUAUGUACCCAAGAGAAGUGAAAGCAGGGAUUUGAAAAGAUAUUUAUACAAUCCAUGUCUGUAGAAGCAUUAUUCACUAUAGUUAGCAGGUGAAAAGAACCGAAGUGACCAUUGACAGAUGAAUGGAUAAACAAAAUGUGGUAUAUACAAACAAUAGAAUAUUAGUCUACUUUAAAAGAAAUCGUGACACAUGCUACCACAUUGGCUGAACCUUGACAUUAAUGCUAAUAAGUGAAAUAAGCCAGUCACAAAAGGACAAAUAUUGUAUGAUCCCACUUAUAUGAGGUACUUGGUAGUCAGAAAGAACGGUGGUUUCCAGGGGCUGGCAAGAAGGGGAAAUGGAGAAUUAGUGUUUAAUGGGUACAGUUUCAGUUGGGGAAGAUGAAAAAGUUUUGUAGAUGGAUGGUAAAGACGGUUGCACAACAAUGUGACUAUACUUAAUGCCAUUGAACUGUACACCUAAAAAUGGUUAAAAUGAUAAAUUUUGUUGCAUGUAUUUCACCACAAUAAAAUCAGCUGAGUAAAUUUGUAAAAUAAGCAUAGUGGCUAAGCAACUAAGGUAAAAAGCAAAAUAUCUUCCAAGGAUGAGACCUGAUUGACAGUAUUACCAUUAAUGAAAGAAUGUUCCACAUCAAAGAUUUUUCAACAAAAAAAGCUCUUUAAAAAGGAAGAAAGCAAAUGAUAACGUAUUUUUAGCACAAUCCAACCCAUGAAGCAUGUAAGACAGGUGAUUCAAAUGGAAACAUGCAUCGGGCCUGAAACAUUAACCAUUAGAAGCACCAAACUCAUUUCUAUUGCAUUCAUUCCAUAUUUACCAAACAAUCUGAUUGUAAUUUGAUUCUGCUUUCAUUGUAAUUUGCUCAAUACAGAGAAGGUAAGGACCAGCAAGCUUAGGUAACCUAGCUCCAUCAUUACAUUUCUCAUACAUUAACACAUUAGUGUUAUGGUUUUUACAAUUUCUUAGCAGAUGGAGCAUGGGACUCAGCACCCCAGAGUCCAGUCACUUCCAGAUCUGAUAAACCAAUUUCAAGCCUAGAAGACAAUGAGAUGUUGAAACCCAGUAAUCACACCCAGGUCCUGCUAGGCUGUGGAUACAUCUGUGGCAAGCUACACCACCUUCUCCCAGCAACUUCCCACUCUCAAUGCGUACAAUAAUGCUGUAUUGUAAUUACAUCAUUAGACUCAGUUCCUUGAAGAUAGGGAGUGAAUCUUAUGUUUUAUCCCCAACAACUAAUAAAGUUCCCAGCUGAAAGGGAAGAACCCAAUAAAUACAUGGUAAAUGAAAAUAAAAUCCUAUUUAGUAAUACAUAAUUAGGAAAUGAAUAUUGUAAAGGUUCUUCUGUAUGUAAUUUUCCUCAAAAGCUUACAAAUGAAAACUUGGGCAAUAGCAUUGACAAAAUAGCAUGUUUCGAUUCAGUUGGAAUUCUGGAUUCAAGUGGAAGUUACAGUAGUUAGGUCAUAUUUUGUUGAGAAUGUCCACCAGUGGCAUUCAAACUAUGAAAUGAUCUGUAUGGAAGCUCAGAUCUCAGAGAGCAUAAAUGCCUUUCCACCAAUAAUUUUUCCUCUAGUACAAUAAAGAAGAUGGAAAAUGUGUACCUUCACUUGCCAAAUAUGUGGUAUUAGUAUAAGUGCCUUUUCUUUCUGCUACUCACAUGAAAUCAAUCAAAGGAAGAAUAAAAUUCCUUCCUACUGUGUCCUAGAGCUCUGCUGUUUCACAUAAUGCAGCAUUAAGACUCAACACUAGCCAAAAGUUCCUGGAUGAGAAUCUACCAGUGAUUCCAACACAUACAAAAGGGAUAACUCCUGACACAUUCUUGCACAGGAGGGCAUUGAGACACACUUGCUGAACAUAAUUCAAAUUGCAAAAAAAUGCCAGAUGUGAAAGUUUUUAUGUUCAGACUAGAUUUCAGCAUAUAAAAUAACCUCUAACAAAUCAUUUGCAAUUAGGAUAACUAAUUUUUCUUCACCUUUUGGUCUUAAUUUUUCUUUUUUCCUUUUUGUGGGUCAGCCACAUAUACUAGAGAAAAUAUGGGUUAUUUUUUCUUCUAGAAAUUAAGGAAACAAGUUUCCAGAACCAUAUGGCCUAACUUCUUAGCUUUGCAUUUACUAGCUGUGUGACCUGCAAAUCAUCAAAUUCUCAUCUAUAAAAUAAGGACACUAGCUACCUCACCGGAUUGUAGUGAGGAUUAAAUAAUCUGCAACACUGCCUGGUACAACAAAAGUGCCACUUUAUUGUUAAUUAGCUGCUAUUACCAUAAGUGAAAUUUUUGAAAGCAUCAGUUCCACCUAAAAAAAAACCUCAAUAACAUUCUGGUAAUUAUGAAUAUAUAUAUUUGUGUCUUAUUGCUAGACUCUAACUGUGACUUCCCAACCAUGAUUCACUUCUUUUAUACCAAGAGCUUCUUGCCAUUCAAGAUGCAGAUAUACGUGACAGGCUAUCGAACCUUGCAUAUAUGAAGUCCUUGCUUAGUAAAACUUAAGGUCUAGCAGGGAAGAAGAGAGCCUUUGGGGAUAAAUCUAUUCAUACAAAUGACAACAAGUUCACAUACCAAUAAUAGUAAUUUAAAAAAAAAAAACUGAAAAAGGUCCAAGAAUAUGAGUACAUAUUACUCUGAAGUCUGCAUACAUAGUAAGCAAAAACCAUCCAAUGCAUUACGAAAAUAGGAUAAUUUUUUAAUGUUAAGUGAAUAUGUACCAUCUCCUCCUCCUCUUUUUAAUCACAAAAACGGACUAGCCCCACACCUUUUACUCCAAAAAGCGGGAGUAACGGUUUAGACUAUCCGAUCAGAAGCGCUUCCGUUCCCUCGGAACCUUGUACAAUCAAGUCCUUGGUGUCGUCCCUACUUUCCACUCUGCUUCUGAAAGUACUAGCUGUUUCAGGCCACAACUUUUAGAUUUGAUGAUAGUUCCUCUAAAAUGGAAUGACGAAUAAUCUCCAUCCUUUUCUCACAGUGGCGUCCAAAUUCCAUCCAAAGACAAACAAAAUUGUCUUUUAGUGUAGCGUAGUGUUUAGAACUUAAUGCUGUGUAGUCAGACAAAUCUGCGUUCGGCCUCCGCUAGAUCGGUCAUUAGCCGUGUGAUGUUGUAAAAGUCUUGUUACUACAAAUCUAAGGGAAGCGCGUGAGUACACGCACUGAAUCUUGGACAAAGACAGCAUUUAUACUUUUUUUUUUUAACUGAAUUAAGUGUAACGCCCUCUAGGUUUAUAGCAGCUAGUCCUGGAGACGAGACGCGGGACUGUGUUGAUGACAUCACUUCCGGGGCGACAAGGAAUUAUCUAUAGAGUAAGUAUGCUAAUAUUGAAUAAGGCAGCAGGAGUUUUUUCUAAACCAUCAAGAAGGGAAAUUUAUGAAUUUUUAAGAAGUUUUAAUUUUCGUCCUGGAAAAGUAUUUCUUCAUAAACUAGUAUUGGGGAUUGAAACCAGUUGUGAUGAUACGGCAGCUGCUGUGGUGGAUGAAACUGGAAAUGUUUUGGGAGAAGCAAUACAUUCCCAAACUGAAGUUCAUUUAAAAACAGGUGGAAUUGUUCCUCCAGUAGCUCAACAGCUUCACAGAGAAAAUAUUCAACGAAUAGUGCAAGAAGCUCUCUCUACCAGUAAAGUCUCUCCAAGUGAACUCUCAGCAAUUGCAACUACCGUCAAACCAGGACUUGCUUUAAGCUUGGGCGUAGGCUUAUCAUUUAGCUUACAACUGGUAGACCAAUUAAAGAAACCCUUUAUUCCCAUUCAUCAUAUGGAGGCUCAUGCACUUACUAUUAGGUUAUUAAAUAAAGUAGAAUUUCCCUUUUUAGUUCUUUUGAUUUCUGGAGGUCAUUGUCUAUUGGCAUUAGUUAGAGGAGUUUCAGAUUUUCUGCUUCUGGGAAAAUCUUUGGACAUAGCACCAGGUGACAUGCUUGACAAGGUAGCAAGAAGACUUUCUUUGAUAAAACAUCCCGAGUGCUCUACCAUGAGUGGUGGGAAAGCUAUAGAACAUUUGGCCAAACAAGGAAAUAAACUGCAUUUUGAUUUCAAACCUCCCAUGCAACGAGCUAAAAAUUGUGAUUUUUCUUUUACUGGACUUCAACAUGUUAUUGAUAAGAUAAUAACACAAAAGGAAAAAGAGGAAGGGAUCCAGAAGGGGCAAAUCCUGUCUUCGGCUGCACACAUUGCUGCUGCAGUACAGCACACAACAGCGUGCCACAUUGCAAAAAGAACACAUCGUGCCAUUCUGUUUUGCAAGCAGAGAGAUUUGUUAUCUCAAAGUAAUGCAGUGCUGGUUGUAUCUGGAGGUGUCGCAAGUAACCUAUAUAUCCGAAAAGCUCUGGAAAUUGUAACAAAUGCAACACAAUGCACUUUGUUAUGUCCUCCUCCCAGACUGUGCACUGACAAUGGCAUUAUGAUUGCAUGGAAUGGUAUUGAAAGAUUGCGUGCUGGCUUGGGCAUUUUACACAACACAGAAGGCAUCCGCUAUGAACCAAAAUGUCCUCUUGGAGUAGAUAUAUCAAAAGAAGUUGGAGAAGCUGCCAUAAAAGUACCACGAUUAAAAAUGAAGAUUUGAUUUUUGCUUUUCAAACAAUCUCUUAAGGCACCACACCCUGCAUGGAGCCCAAUGUGGGACUCAGACUUAUAACCCUGAGAUCAAGACGUGAGCCGAGAUCAAGAGUUGGAUGCUUAACGGACUGAGCCACCCAGGUGCCCCCUGAAUUAAUUUUUUUAAAAGGCAGAAUGAAUAAACAUGGAAAAAUUAC